AUGUAUAGGAAAGCUUGCAGGUGCUCAUAUGCGCCCAUAAUCACUUUCUUAUUAAUAUGUCUCCUCCCCCAGACCGAUCAUCGUAGUCUACAUGAAACCAACAACAUUGAAACACGCCACUUGAAUCAAUUGGAGCCAGUAAAGCAGAAUGUCCCACCGCCAAAUUUGAACCCUGUUGAACUACCGCCUGCUGUGAACAAUGUAGAGGAGACGGCCUCCACGACCAAAAAUCACGGCCUCAUCGGUCUAGCUCUCACCAUGGGCUUCGUGCUCAUGUUCCUGGUGGAUCAUUUGGGCAACGAGGCCUUUGCCCGCCCUCUUUUCUCUGUUUUCCACUGCUUCUGUUGCCAGAGGCGAACUAACGAUUUACUUUUACCUUCGGCGGCUGCUUUAGCGGCGGCAGAGCACAGCGCCUCAACUACUACAAUGGGUUUAGUGGUGCACUCUCUUGCGGACGGACUGGCCAUUGGUGCCGCCUUUGGACUCACUCUUGACCUCACUCUCAUCCUCUUCGCGCCAGCGGCGUUUGGCUUUGUGUCCUUCCUGGUUCAUGAGGGUCUGCCUCGAAAUCGAGUAAAGGUGUACCUCCUAAUAUUUGCCCUUGCCUCACCUGUGGGCGCCCUUCUCACCUAUCUGGUCGUCAGCGCUAACGCCUACGUUGCUGAUCAGCAGGCAGGUUUCUUUCUUCCAUCGACCUGGUUUUUUAAUUACUUUCUGCUGAAUUUUAAUUUUAUUGAUGAGUUGGCACACGAUACCAUUGAUUUAACCUUAUCUCUCAAGGCUCUAUCAAUGGGGGUAGCCAGCACCUCUUCCACUGGUACAGGGUUUGCACUGUUGCUAUCUGGCGGCACUUUUCUCUACGUUGCCACCGCGCACAUUUUGCCCCAUCUGCACACGGAGAAACCCAUUUCCUCAAGCCCUCUCAAUGGGAAUACGCACCACCGCCAUCAGAGUAUCACCACUUUCAAACCCAUCGAGUCGAUCGCCUUUGUCUUCGGCAGCUGCGUGCCUGUCCUCAUCUCCUUCGGCCACUCACAUUAA